UUUCUCUCUCACCCGGGCGGCGGAGCGCACCGGUAGCGCUAAUUAUCCGUUUACAACUCACUGGGACUCCAGACAGAGACCGUGAUUUCAGGGGACCGUCAUCAUGGCGAUUAAGUUCUUGGAGGUAAUAAAACCGUUUUGUGCGGUUUUGCCUGAAAUCCAGAAACCAGAACGAAAGAUCCAGUUCAGAGAAAAGGUGCUAUGGACUGCCAUCACAUUGUUCAUCUUUCUUGUUUGCUGUCAGAUCCCACUGUUUGGGAUCAUGUCUUCAGAUUCAGCAGAUCCAUUCUACUGGAUGAGAGUCAUUUUGGCUUCCAACAGAGGUACUUUGAUGGAGUUGGGUAUCUCUCCCAUUGUGACCUCUGGUCUGAUCAUGCAGCUGCUGGCUGGAGCUAAAAUCAUUGAGGUCGGAGACACACCGAAAGACAGAGCGCUCUUUAAUGGAGCCCAAAAAUUGUUUGGUAUGAUCAUCACCAUUGGCCAGGCUAUUGUGUACGUCAUGACUGGAAUGUAUGGAGACCCUUCAGAGAUGGGUGCUGGCAUCUGUCUGCUGAUCAUCAUUCAGUUGUUUGUGGCUGGUCUGAUCGUGUUGCUGCUGGAUGAGUUGCUGCAGAAAGGUUAUGGUUUGGGCUCUGGUAUCUCUCUCUUCAUUGCCACUAACAUCUGUGAGACUAUCGUAUGGAAAGCAUUCAGCCCAACCACAGUCAACACAGGCAGAGGUACUGAGUUUGAGGGAGCCAUUAUUGCUCUGUUCCACCUUUUGGCCACUCGCACUGAUAAAGUCAGAGCUCUGAGAGAGGCUUUCUACAGACAGAACCUGCCUAACCUCAUGAACCUCAUCGCUACAGUCUUCGUCUUUGCUGUGGUCAUAUACUUCCAGGGCUUCAGAGUUGAUCUGCCCAUCAAGUCUGCACGUUACCGUGGCCAAUACAACACAUAUCCCAUCAAGCUGUUCUAUACCUCCAACAUUCCCAUCAUCCUGCAGUCUGCUCUGGUUUCCAAUCUUUACGUCAUCUCUCAGAUGCUCUCCACUCGAUUCAGCGGCAACUUCCUAGUCAACCUUCUGGGGACUUGGUCUGACACCUCAUCUGGAGGUCCAGCGCGCGCCUAUCCUGUGGGCGGUCUCUGUUACUAUCUGUCUCCUCCGGAGUCGUUUGGUUCUGUGCUUGAUGACCCAGUUCAUGCAGUGAUCUACAUUGUGUUCAUGCUGGGAUCCUGUGCCUUCUUUUCAAAGACCUGGAUUGAAGUUUCUGGAUCUUCUGCCAAAGAUGUAGCUAAGCAGCUGAAAGAACAGCAGAUGGUGAUGAGGGGACACAGAGAGACCUCCAUGGUUCAUGAACUCAACAGAUACAUCCCCACAGCGGCUGCAUUUGGUGGACUGUGUAUCGGAGGCCUUUCAGUAAUGGCGGACUUCCUGGGCGCCAUCGGCUCCGGAACGGGAAUCCUAUUGGCUGUUACCAUCAUCUAUCAGUACUUUGAGAUAUUUGUUAAGGAACAGAGUGAAGUCGGCAGCAUGGGAGCGUUACUCUUCUAAACAAGGACACUCACAAACACACACAUACUUGCUGACACCUUUUUAUUAUUUUUAUGAUUGUUGUUGUCAUUUAAUUCUUUUAUUUCGGUGCAAUUUGAGCAUAAUUAGUGGUCUGUCACGAGCGCUGUCUUGGGAGAACGUGCUCUUAGCCGCUAGCUCAGGCCGAGUAAGUUCUCCUGUAUGUCAGAAGUGGCAAAACGUUUCUAAAAUUCAGUGAUGAAGCUGAACUUCAGUAAUGGAACAGUAAAGAUGGACUCUGUGAGCUCUGACUAGGAAUAUUUAGAUGAAUUAAAUUUUCUCUUCACAUCAGUCUGUCCUUCAUCUGUCUCCAGCCAUCACCGAAUCCAUUCAUCCACUCUUUUCUUUAGUUCCUGCCUGGUCCUAGUUGAUAAAGAUUUUCCAGAGAGUAUUGCUUAUGUUGGGUGACUGAUUUACUCGACACUGCCAAUUUUGACAACUGCUUCGUGUUUGUCAGUCAUAUCGGUCUUGUAUGUAAAGCUGGCAGGCAGUUUGCUUUUCUAACUCAUUGAAUCAUGCUAAGUCAUAAAAAGUGUGAUUUAGUUAUGGCUACAAAUAUAAGAGCUAAACCACAGGUUCUUGUUUUCCAGUCAGCAAUUGUCAAUUCUAAACAAGGCAGCAUAGGAGUAAAGCAACGCACAGUUUGGCACCAAUGGUGUGUGUGUGUGUGGUUUUUCUGUGUUUGUUGGACAUGUAUUUCAUAACGCUGGGAUCUUUUUUUUUUUUUUUUUUUUUUUGUACACAACACAUCUUACACAAUAGAGAGCAAGGAUUUUCUGUAUUUGAAAGUACCUGGUCUUUAGUGAGAGCUUCAGUGACAGAUGGAAGUGGUCACUUUCCCAAAUUAAGCCCUUUUUACUGUAUCAUUGGGUGUCUGUAUAUAUGACAUUUAAUGCUGUGCGCGACCAUGUAAAAUAAGCCCUUCUUUUUCUUUCUUUUUAUUUUGGACUGUAAAAAGAAAUGUUCCGAACAAAUAUAUUCAGCAAAGACUGAUCAUUCUCAAUAAAAACUCAUUUUUUGGGA